GCACCGCCGCCCUAUCAGGCCCGGAAUGAUCUGAACUCCUCCACGGAGACGCACCCGAGUCCAGCGCUAUUGCCGAUCGCAGACCUCAGUGCCGGGAUGGAUGUGUUUAUGAAGGGCUUGUCCAAGGCAAAGGAAGGGGUCGUUGCCGCUGCAGAGAAAACCAAGGAAGGGGUAGCAGUGGCAGCAGAGAAGACCAAGGAAGGCGUGCUGUAUGUUGGAAGCAGAACUCGGGAAGGCGUGCAGAGUGUUGCCUCAGUUGCUGAGAAGACAAAAGAACAGGCAUCACAGCUGGGUGGAGCUGUCUUCUCAGGAGCUGGCAAUAUUGCAGCUGCCACAGGCCUGGUCAAGAAGGAAGAAUUCCCCACUGACCUGAAGCCGGAGGAAGUUGGUCAGGAAGCUGUGGAAGAGCCGCUGAUAGAGCCAUUGUUGGAACCUGAGGGAGAGAAUUAUGAAGAGCCACCACAGGAAGAAUAUCAGGAAUAUGAGCCGGAAGCAUAAUGGCCAUCCCUGUUCCCGACACUUCCACCAGCAGCACAAUAA